AUGUUUCGUUUUUGGAGUUCGGAAUCCAGGGGAAGCGACAAGACUCUACAAGUUGAUCAGCCUAUGCUUGAAUACAGCCGACCGCUACAGCCUUGGGAGCCGUCAGCGUCUCCACUUACUACUGGAACUACUACCGCUUCUGCUGCCACCGCUACUACCAUAAGAACAACCAUUCCGUCGCCUACGACGCUUAGGCGACACAAGCAUAACAACGUCGCGAUAGCACCGCAACGCGUUACUCCUUCGUCCGCUCUUAAGCGGCCAAGGGCAGAUGAUGAUUUUGACGAUGCUGAUCGCCUAAAGGCAAACAAGAAGGUGGCCUUGUCGCCAACGGUAGAGGAGAAGGGUACUUUGCAGUCUACGUCGAGUAAGCCUGACAUAAAUCGUGCCAGAGAUGCUAUUGAGGAGCAGUUCAGUCUGGAGAUCUUACUGAAACACGACGAGCUACGAUUAAUAAAUCAAGAGCUUGCCAAAAGUCAGGUGGCUUUGGAGCAGUUGCGCAGGUGUCAUCUAAUACCAUAUCCACAGAAUGUUCCCAAACCGGAACAAAUGUUGAAUAUAAUGAACGGUUCAGGCGCCGCCUUACAGCCGAAGAUGGGCGAGCCGCUACCACAAUGGGCUCCGCCCUUUGGUGUCACCGAUGGUCCGUAUGCGCGUCAUUAUGCCAAGUGGCUCAUACCUGAUCCCAAGUUCGAUGGUAUUCAACCAAGUGCUCCCGCGCAAGCCGAGACUUCGCGAUUUAGAGGUUCGGUAGAAGGUAGAUCAACAAGGAAUGGUUUCGCUGAGUUAGGUGUAUCCCAUGGCCGAGGCCGACCCGUAAGGGGCUCAGCGGGUCAGAAACUCCAGGCCCUGUCGAGUGGUUAUCCUCCUCCCAAGGAGAAGAGUGGUCCCUGUGUUUUGAAGCGAUCUGACGGGAAAACUGUGAAACUUGUUUGCAUUGACUGCCAUCGCGAGAACUUUUCGAGUACUCAGGGGUUCAUUAAUCACUGUCGAAUAGCGCACAAAAGGGAUUUCAAAAGCCAUGAUGAAGCUGCGAUACAUUGUGGUCAUCCCAUCGCGCCUGUGGACGCUGGAGGUGUUGUAGAAGAGAAACCAGUCUGCCAGAGCGUCCCUUCAUCUGGACUUGCACACCCGCUUGCGCAAGAGAACGCUUUGUCUUAUUCUGAGGCCUGCCAUGCUGUCCUUCAGCGGAUCAAGCUAUCGUUGGAGAUGUAUCACAGGGGCGAGCUUCCCGGUAUUACCUCGAUACCCGGCGAUCCCGAGAGUUCUCGAAAACCUACGUCGGUGCCUAAGCAACAGCCACAUUUCUCCCCUUCAGCUGACACUCCACACCUUUCCCACCUGCUCCAAAGCAAAGGAUUCAAUGCCAACUUCAGCGAAUAUGUCAGUGACGCCAAGACUAAGGUAGACCUCAACCAGUUCGACUCCCCCGAGGAGGAGGAACUGGACGAGACUGACACGGCUGGCAAUGGUGCCGGGAAUAUGGCACCAUACCAAGCCCCGUCUCUUGUACGAGUACCUGUGAGGGCCACCAUGUCGCCCGCCCUUGCUACAACUCGACCAGCUAGCAGUAAAGGCCACCCGCUGAUGCCGUAUGUUACGCCGUUGCCAACACCUGCCUCGCGAGCCACAUCCGGUUCUGACCCGGAGAUGGUGGACGAUGAUAUGUUGGAUGUAGAUCUGAGUCCUCAUACGGCUGUUAGUAACAACGCGCCAUCCCUCGUUAGUGACGAUGGCGAGUACGAUGAUUCUGAAGCCGACUCGGAGGUUGACUCGGAGGUGAAUGAUAACAUAAGAGCACAAUCUAUCUCAGACGUGGAAGAAAUAGACCUCGAAGAUGACCAUAGCACUGCGCGGUCUAUUCGGCACCAUCGUGGUUCAACUGGCGGAGGUCCUGGCACCACGGUUCGCCUGCGUAAGGAUGAUAGCAAGCAUGUUACCUUUGUUAGCCCUAUCAAGGAGAACAACGGAAAUCACAGACGGGAACGCAGAUAA